AGAUGGACAUCCCCACGGCCACGUGACAUCCAGUCUUCCAUUCGCAGCGUCUGCACCCGGCCGCGUUCGAUCUGUUCUGGAACCGGCUCUUAUGGCUCAGCUCACGCAAGUCUCCAGGUUUUCCACCUCGGCCGCCAAUAUGAUCAAGAAGAUUACGGUCAUCGGCGGAGGAUUGAUGGGCAGUGGCAUCGCUCAGGUGGCUGCAACAACUGGCCACAAAGUGACAAUGGUGGAUACUUCAGAGGACAUCCUGCAGAAGUCCGUGAAGAGCAUCCAGGCCAGCCUGGCUCGGGUGGGGAAGAAGAAGUUUGCAAACGAUGAGGCUGCAGGUAAGAAAUUCUUGGAGGAUGCCUUGAGCCACAUCAAACCCACCGUCAACAUCAAGGAAGCCGUCAAGGAUACCGACCUCGUCAUCGAAGCCAUCGUGGAGAAUAUGGAUGUGAAACAUAAGCUUUUCAGGGAACUGGAUCAGGCAGCACCCCAGCACACAAUUUUUGCCUCAAACACAUCUUCCCUGCCAAUCGGAAAGAUAGCAGAGGUGACGUCUCGCAAGGACCGCUUUGGAGGUCUCCAUUUCUUCAAUCCUGUACCCAUGAUGAAACUUCUGGAGGUGAUCCGCAUCCCGGAGACAUCUGAUGAGACGUAUAAGAAAUUGCUUGAAUUUGGGAAGGCAAUGGGAAAACACACUGUGGAGUGCAAGGACACGCCAGGAUUCAUUGUGAAUCGCCUCCUUGUGCCCUACAUGAUGGAGGCCACACGCAUGCUCGAGAGAGGGGAUGCAUCAGCACAGGACAUAGACAGUGCAAUGAAGCUCGGGGCUGGAUAUCCGAUGGGACCCUUCGAGUUGGCUGAUUAUGUUGGUCUUGACACCUGCAUGUUCAUCAUUGAUGGUUGGCACAAGGACUACCCGGAGAAUCCGCUGUUCAAGCCGGUUCCCCUUCUCCAGAAGAUGGUGGCCGACGGGAAGCUCGGCCGCAAGUCCGGCGAGGGCUUCUUCAAUUACAAGAAAUCAUCUAUGUAAAUAUCUCCUGGCCUUCUCAUUCCGUGCAUUAUAUUUUGGCAUGAUUUUAUCGGGGAUGAUGUAUCAAUUGUUGCACGAGGGCUUCAAUGAAUCACAAAGAUUGUUUAUGCUUUGAUACAGG